UCCCUUUUUAACGAUGUCGAUAUUCGGACCUCUCUCUCACCUAUCAGUCCAUUUCUUUAUAGGUCUAUGCAUGAGCUAUAUAUGUUUACUUAAUCAAUGGAAUAAAUAAUAAAUGGUGUGGCAUUGAUAAGAUCCGGUCUCUGCGGCACUCAACUCAAUAAAUGGAACGUGCAUUUUCAAUAGUCGGCUGCAUAUAAAAAUGUCCCCUAGAAGGAGGCUGCCAUUUUGUGUACCGUUAUUGUUUUGUCCAUGAUAUUUAUUGAUUUUUCUAUGAUUUAUCAUAUAUAUGUGACUGUGUUAUCAUCACCUAACCUAACAUUUUAAUACAUAUCAUAGAAAAGUGAUGUAGCAUUUUUACUUUCUAUGAAAUUGUACACAAAAUGGCUGCCUUCCAGGUGUGGACAUUUUUCAAUCUGAAUACGUGUUCCAUGUAUUGAGUUCAGUGGAAUGAACUCUUGUAGCCGCAGAUAGAACAUUACGAGGUAUAGGCUGAUACGCAACCAGUCUAUCUACAGCCGUGAUGGUAACAUUAAUGAUAAAGAUAAAGACCACAUAUAUCAUGGCUACCAAACAUACCAAGGUUACUCAAAAUUUCACUGUUACCACCAAUACCACGGUUAUCAUAGGCAUGAAAAUAAAAUAACAAAACUAAAAAUAGAUUAAGAGACUAUUUCACAAAUAAUGGAUUUUAUCGAAAAAAAAAUUUCGUAAGUGGCCAUUUUUAAUUUGGGACCAUAUUUUUUUUUUAACAUCCCGCUUUGAAUUCUGAAAGUGUCAAAUGAACAACUUUUUAAUGGAUUAGUAUUUUUCGAGAAAAAUCUAUUAGUAUUUGAAAAUAGGAAUAAUUUUAUCUUAGAAAUGAAAUGUUUUUUAAAUAUGGCUGGUCGGUAAGGUUAGUUUGGGACACUCAAGAGCUUCGCGCUCCGCGAAAAAUUCCCGGAGCAUGUCAUUUCAAUUUGUGGUGACCAGCCAUUGCCAGGCAAGAUCAUGCGACUCACACCAUGUCAAUAUUUUUUCGGGGGUAUGUGAAAUUUCUUCACAACAAACCUCGAUCUGUUCAGAGUGGAUUCAUGAAUCUAUGUCAGCAGUUUGGUUCAGUAAAAAAUAUCUCUAUUCAUAAUAAUAAUCGAAAUGAAACCGUCGCAUUUAUAGAAUUUGAAGCAAAAGACUCUGUUGAUAACAUUUUAAAAGAUAAAUCAAUAUUUCCACCAUGCAUAACUGUUGAUCUUACAAGCCAUGCUCGAAAUGAAAUCAAGUCGUCAUUUGAUGACAUUGUGAUUGAAAAUACUGAAGUGCAAAAUUUAGCUAAUGAAUGUUUCAAAACCAGUCAUGACAAUUCUAAUGAUGUAACUGAACUAAUUGCUACGAACAGCCAGUCAGUUUAUUUUGGACCUGAUGUUUAUGGUCAAACAUUAAUUGAUAAAGCAUACAAAGAAAAAUGUAUGAAUAAAACAAAAUUGUUUAAUCUUGAAAAUGAUGACAUCUUUGGAAAACCUCUCAACAGAAAUUGGGAAAAAGUAGAAAAGCCUGUAUUCCAAAUUCAUUCAUUGGACUUCCAUAAGCGUUUUGAAAAUUGUGAUGGUGGUGAAAUUCAAAUUGGAAAAAAAUUAAGUCGGAACAUGUUUACUGGCUGGGUAUCAAAUUUUAAUAAUAGUGAAAAUGUACUAGACUCAUUGAAAAGUAUCAGUAUAGAUAUAGAAAAAUCAAAUGUCCUGAACUUGAGUGAUGUUCAAGCAGAAAUGUUGGUUGGUGCAUUCGAUAUUGUUACAAAUUCAUUUGCUCGUGGUUAUGUAGUAUUUGUGGCUGGUAAUAGUGCUAAUGUAGUGUUAUGCGACUAUGGGAGAGCAAUCAAUACUGCAAAUUUACGAACACUUCCAAACUGUUAUUCUUCAGUACCAAUAUAUUCAUUCAAAGCAUUUACAAGAGGCGAUCACGUACCACUACUGAAAAAAUCGCAUACUUUUAAAAUAAAAAGUGUUAAUGCUGACAGAAUUGUGCUGCUUCUAUUUGUCGAAAGUCAGGAAGUUAAAAUACAGUUGAAAACAUGGCGACCAACUGUUGAAGAGUAUGGUGUCCCUUGUGUGAAUAUAAAAAGUGGAAGCAAAGUAGAGUUAUUAAAAUUAAAAGAUAUGAAUACCCUUUACAUUAGGUCUAAAGAAAAAAGCCAUUUUAACUUUUUUUUUAUGACCUGGAACAACUUGGCAGCUUAUUGCUAUAAAAAUGGAAAAUCUUUAGACAGAGAACCAUUUUAUGGAGAAAUUGUUGCUUUUAAAUCUAGAUUAUGCAAUGAUAAUUUUGUCAGAGGCAGAAUUUGUACACACCUAGGAAGUAAUGUGUACAUUGUAAGACACAUGGAUAAUCCUUUAAAAGAAAUAAUUAAUUUAUCUGAAAUGAUAGAAUUAAAGUUUGAACAUAAAUUUACCCCUGUAUGUUAUUUAAAAGUUGGAAUGUUAGACGCGCUAUCAUAUCCAGUAAAUGGUUAUGGAAGAGACUUUAUUAAUCACAUUAUUGGUCAUAAUUUAACUGUGUAUUUCGACGAAGAAAAUAAUAGUUGGCAAUCAGUUGAAUUACACUUAUCUGUUUUAAAAGAAAAUAUCAAUAUUAUUUUGCGUGGACUUGUUUUGCCAACAUGGUUAAAACAAAUACAGAUUAAUCCAAUUGAUGAAGUAACAAAUAUUUGCAAGUAUGAUCAUUUAAUUGAAAAUGAAUUGUUUGAGAAAUCAAUAGUAAGUUUAACGUUUGUGUUGUUCCAUGAUGGAGUAUUUUAUAUGAGAGAUAGGAUGUUUGGAAAAUCAUUUUCCACCUUGAGUAAUAUGAUUAAAGAAUAUUGCAGUUUAAACUCAAGUCCAUAUUUUCCUCGAAUUGAUGAAGUAUGUUUAGGUCAAUUUCCAGAUGGAUCUUGGUAUAGAGUAGUAUGUGAAAAAACUAGACCGGGUGAACCAGCUAAAACAUAUUCUGUUGAUUUGGGAAAUGUUGCUUAUUUACAUACGCGAAAUACAAAGAAAAUACCAGAAGAAGUUAUAUGUCAUCCAAUUCAUGUAUAUUGCUGUUUUUUAGAAAAUAUUGAUGAAAUAGAUUUGGAAAAAUCAAAACUUUUGAAACGGUAUGAAAACACUGAAGUUGAUUGUACUAUUAUAAAAAAUCUGAACAAUAAAAAUUAUUAUUUGAUUAAAUGUCCAUUUCUUGAAAAUAUUCUAAAUUAAGUUUUAAUUUGUUCAUAAUGUUUUUUUUAAUGGUUUAUUUUGAGAUGUAAGACUUAAGUGUAAUAUUUUAAAUUAAAAAUAAGUGAUGGAAUAAAAACUAAUUAAUUACAUACAUUCAUUUUCAUAUUUCUUAUUUAUAUAACCUAACCUA